AUGUCGAAAUAUAUUAUUAUCCUAUUGAGCAUCUGGCUCAUUGUGAUUCAUACAUGUACUGGAAUAUCUAGUCCUAUUCAACCAUUUACUACUUAUAAGCAUUCAACCGAAUUACAACAAGAUAUAGCUGAUCUUUGGUGGACAAUAGAUGAUGAUGAAAAAGAGAUUAUGUUUGAAUUACAUAUUAAAAGUACAGGUUGGGUUGCACUUGGUAUCAGUCCAGCCGGUGGUAUGAAAGGUGCUGAUAUUGCUGUUGGAUGGGUCGAGUCUUCUGGCAACGUUUAUCUUCAAGAUCGAUAUGCAACAACUAAUGCAAGACCAGUUCUUGAUAAUACAACGCAAGAUUGGUUUCUUCUUCAAGGUCGUGAAAAAGAUGGAUGGACAGUUAUUCAAUUUAAACGUUUGCUGGACACUUGUGAUUCGAUGGACUUUCCAAUAAUAUCUGGUACCAAUACUCUUAUUUUUGCUUAUGGUCUUGUUGAUCUCGAUUCAAAUCGACCAGAAAUUGAUAUUACAUAUCAUGACACUCGACGAAAUACACGAAUUAUUCCACUUCGUUCUUAUGCUGAUCCACCUUCAGAUAAUAAAUUCAUUGGGCUUGAUACAUUCGAGUUUCGUUUGAAUAACUAUCUUGUACCUUCAACUGAUACUACUUAUCAUUGUAAAAUAUACAAAGCUCCAAGUGGAUAUCCAUUGAAACGUCAUGCAAUUGCUCAUAAAAUAGUAAUUGAUCCACGAAAUGUGGAUCUUGUUCAUCAUUUGGAUUUAUAUGAAUGUGAUCCUAUGGCUAUGUUCAAUGAUGAUAAAUUACCGGAUGGUUUAUGUGAUGAAAUAGCCAAUGAAAUAAAACUAUGUGCAUCGAAUCUUGCUACUGUAUGGGCUGUUGGUGGUGAUGUUAUGAGAGAAUUUCCUGAAGAAGCUGGUUAUGGUAUCGGAGGAGAUUAUGAAAUAAAAUAUUAUAUGGUCCAAAUGCAUUAUGAUAAUCCACGAUUAGUGUUAAACCGUCGUGAUAGUACAGGAAUUCGAUUUUAUCUUGGUAAUGAACUUCGAAAAUAUGAUCUAGGGUUUUUCACAGUUGGUACCGGCUCUAGUCCAUCUGCUUUAGCUAUACCACCAAAAGUUGAACGAUUCAUAGUUGAUUCUUAUUGUCCUUCUGAAGCUACUCGUAACUUUCCUAAAUCGGGUAUUAAUGUCGUUUUUGCAUUACCACAUACACAUUUACAAGGAAUAACUGUAUGGACAAAAAUAAUUCGAAAUAAUACAGCGGUUCAAUAUUUGUUUAAUAGUGAAAAAUAUAAUUUUAAUUAUCAAUAUCAAAGUCGAUUACCACAGCCAAUCAAACUCUAUCCAGGAGAUUCAUUUGCUACACGAUGUAUUUAUAAUACAAUGAAUAAAAAUAAAAUUACUUUGGGUGGUGAAAGUACAAGAGAUGAAAUGUGUCUGCAUAUGUUUACUUAUUAUCCUCGUAUGAAUGAUUUAUAUAUGUGUAUAGCAUCUAAUGAUAAAUCAGCAUGGAAAGAUAUUAUGAAUACAUCUUCAUCAAUCAAUGAUGAACAAUUGAAGCAAUGGCUUUUAGAUCGAUCAUGGACAUCUGGAUUGACUAUUCAAUGGCAAAACUUUUAUGAUAGAGCUUCCAGGAUUGUUGCGUAUGGUAGAUCAGAACAUUUCAAGUCUCAGAUUCUUCCUGUUUUACCGACAUAUGAAGAUCUUAAACAUGAAAUAUGUGAUGAUCGAGAAUAA